AUGAACGCCGCACAGACUGGAAUCGAGAACCUCGAUCUCGAGAAGCUCAACGAUAAAGAUAAGACGGAGCUGCGCCAGUUCCUUGCGAAUGAGCAGCAGCGAUCGCAGAUUCAAGCCCAGACGCACAACUUGACGCAGAUUUGCUGGAAAAAGUGCGUGACUGGCAACAUCAAGGGCGCGAAGCUGGAGAAGGGCGAGGAAGGGUGCUUGGCGAACUGCGUGGAUCGGUUUUUGGAUAUUAAUUUCUUGACGAUGAAGCAUUUAAAUAACAUGCGGUCAUAA